AUGGCAGCUGCUCAACCCAACACGCGCGUGAUCGUGUACGGCUAUGGCGCGUCGCCGUUCUGGCAAAAGAUUACUUUUUUGCUGGACCACUACGGCGUGGAGUGGACGCAGGUGGACGUGCCUCCGGUCAUGCCUCGUCCCAUGCUGAGCAAGCUUCUGGGCAUCACCUACCGUCGUAUUCCCGUGGUUUUCAUCGACGGCCAUGCCUACAUCGACACCACCGCUGCCUCGCUCGCGCUGGAGCGUACGUUUGGCAACGGCAACCGAUCUCUGCUUCGCCAGUUCCCGGCGCUGCAGCUGCAGCUCGCAGUGCACUGGGCCGAGAGCGCGCUCUUCCGACUGGGCGCGGGGCACCUGUACAAUGCGCCGCUGAACGAGGUGUUUGUCAAGGACCGACAAUCGUUCAUGCCCGGAGCGAGCUUUGAGGGCGAGGCGAUGAAGAAGCGCAUCCCCUUUAUUCGAUCGCAGCUCGUGGCGAGCUUGGAGGCGAUCGAGUCGCAGCUGGGUGAGGGCCGCGGCAAGUUCUUGCUCGGGGACGAGCCGCAGUACCUCGACUUUUGCGUGUUCACGCCGCUCAACUGGGUGCAGACGCAGCUGCGCACGGGCGAGGAUCUGCUGCCCACCGUCUCGGCCAAGAACCCGCAGCAGGACUGGACCAAGUUCCGAUUCCCCAAGACGCUCGCGUGGCUCGCAGAGGUGCGUGCCUACGUCGCCAAGAAUACGGUGAAGCCCGGCAAGCUCUCGGCCGACGACGCCGCCAAGGCGGUGCUGCAGCAGGCAGAGGCAAGCUCCGCCAAGGACGAGAGCGCACUCAAGGUGAGCAGCGACGACCCGCUCGCCAAGGCCGGAUGGAUCAGCGGCAACAAGGGCCAGAAGGUCAGCGUGACGCCCGUGGAUACCGGCAGGGUUCCCCAGCUCGGCUCGCUCGUCGGGCUCGACAAUGCCAGCGUGACCAUCAAGAUCGAGGCGCAGCAGGGCAAGCACAUCCUCGCCACCUUCCCGCGCGUCAACUUUGACAUUCGCGCCGCCGAUGCCGCCAAGCUCUAA